AGGCGCUAAACCAAGUAGCAUGUAGCCACGAGGACAGAAACAGGAGAGAGGUGUGCUACUUGUCUUUAUCUGACUUGGAAGUCCGAACUGGGAUUAAAGUUGACCGCAUUGUUACAAAGUCGAGUCAAACCUGAACAUGGAAGCUCGGGGCCUCGUCGCGUUGGCUCUUUCCGAGUAUCGACAACUAGUGAACACGCAGGUGAUUCACCUGAGGAACAGGGAGGAGGACGACAGGAGGAGGAGGAGGGUCCUCAUAUCCAGCUUGCUGUGUUCAAGGCAGCGUGCCAGCACUGGAGCUGAGCGUGAUAUGAUGCUGAACGCAGACGACGGCGCGUUCGCUCAGCAUUUCAGAGUCACCAGGACGCAGUUUGAGUUUCUGCUGAAUAAACUGCAGGCGAGCGGUUUGAAGGAGCAGCACAAGCGAGGUCUGGCACCAGUUCCCGUCACAAAGAAGGUACUGAUGUUCCUCUGGUACAUGUCCACUUCUAGCAGCUUCCGGGCCAUAUCUGAAAAGUUCGGUGUGUCUCAGUCGUCAGCUCACAGGAUCACUUUAGAGGUCCUUAACUUAAUUUCCUCAAUCAGACCGACUUUCAUCUCGUGGCCUGGCGAGUCUGAGAAAUCUGCAUCCGCCGCUGCAUUUUCCCGCCUCUGCGGCCUCGGUGAUGUCAUCGGUGCAAUCGAUGGGUGUCACAUCCGGGUGCAGAGGCCAACUAUUAGAGGGGGAGACUACAAGAACUGCCAUUCCUUCUACUCCGUCCUCCUGCAAGCAGUCGUUGACGACAGAGGGAGGUUCAUUGACGUUUUUGCUGGAACGCCGGGCGGAGUUCCGGAUGCCAGGAUGUUGGAGUCCUCCACCUUCUACUCAAGUUGGAAAGAGAAGAUGGGUGAUUACAGCUUACUGGGAGACGAUGCCUACGUCGGACACGGCUUCCCUUUCAUCAUCGCUCCCAAACGUGACAAAGGGGCUCCCGGGAAAGAAAAGCAGCUGCACAACUCCAGGAUCGGCCGUGGCAGGGUGGUUGUUGAGAGAGCUUUGGGUCGGAUGAAGUGCAGGUGGAGGCGCCUUCAAGAUCUGCAACACACUCGCGUUGAUGCGAUGGUAAUGACCAUAAUUGCAGGCUGUGUGCUGCAUAAUAUGUGUCUGGGGGAUUCAGAGUCGUGUCAGGAACACCCGCAGGGCUGUCCAAGGCAGGAAGACGGAAACCAAUAAUAAAAGUGCACCUUUUUUUUUUUUUACUGUUGUGAACAUAAUUGUGUCAAAAAAAAUAUUAAAAGGAGUCUUCUUCUGUCAACUUUUAUUUCAUUUUCAAAGCUGAAGGUGAAGUAAUGAAGAACUCUUAGAGUUUAGUGUACUAUGGUGUUGCCAAUUACUGUUUAGGUCUUGACCCACCGAUCAGUGACAGCUCCAAGCUGUACUCAAACUUAGUACUUUGUCUAAGGUUAGAUCUGUUGAUUGACUUUGGAAAACACCACAGGUGAAUAAAAACGAAUUUAACACACAAACAAAAAUGCAGAGAAAAUAGUUAAUAUCAAUAACGUAAAUUGGCUGUAUUACAUUUUUACAUGUUUUCUGAUCUAAGACACACUGCUUUUUUCUCUCUCACUGUUUCGGGUCCCGGUUCAAAAUGAUUAAAUUAUGGCAUAGACAUUGUAAGAUGUGAUGUCUACAUGUAACAGCUUUAAGUCUGUAAUCCUGGCUACCACUUUAAGUUCAGACCACUUUUCCUAGAUAUCGGCCUCGUUUGAUCAACAUAAUAAACUACACACACACAAAACAUGGGUUCAAUUGUGUACAGUAUUUCUGAUGAAUAAUUAGCAGGGGAGAAGAAGUUAAGAAAAUUAACAAAAUAAACAUUUUUAUCAAA